UGAUCGUGUGCCAUCAAUCGUUUGUUGGCUGCGGAAGUUGUGGUCAUGUGAUUCAGCGAAUGGCUCCAAUGUUUUUCAAAUCUGUGGAUGAAAGUCAAUAAAAGGUGAUUUAUUUCACAAAUCAGCACGCAAUGGAGGAGAUAAGAGUAUCUCCUGACUAUAACUGGUUCAGAAGCACCGUGCCUCUGAAAAGAAUAAUCGUGGAUGAUGAUGACAGUAAAGUCUGGUCGUUGUAUGAUGCUGGGCCGAAAAGCAUCAGGUGCCCCAUCAUCUUCCUCCCGCCUGUGAGUGGCACGGCAGAGGUUUUCUUCCAGCAGGUGCUGGCUCUCUCCGGAUGGGGCUACCGCGUCAUCUCUCUCCAGUAUCCUGUCUAUUGGGAUCUGUUGGAAUUUUGUGAUGGAUUUAGGAAGCUUUUAGACCACUUACAACUGGACAAGGUGCAUUUGUUUGGUGCCUCUCUGGGAGGAUUCCUGGCUCAGAAAUUUGCUGAAGUCACGCAUAAAUCUCCCAGAGUUCAUUCUCUGAUCCUGUGCAACUCAUUUAGCGACACAUCGAUCUUCAACCAGACUUGGACAGCAAACAGUUUCUGGUUGAUGCCUGCUUUCAUGCUCAAAAAGAUUGUGCUUGGUAACUUUGCCAAAGGACCUGUGGACCCAAAAAUGGCAGAUGCAAUUGACUUUAUGGUUGACAGACUGGAAAGCCUGAACCAGAGUGAACUGGCCUCUCGACUCACGCUGAACUGCCAAAACUCCUAUGUGGAACCUCACAAGAUAAAGGAUAUUGCCGUCACUAUAAUGGAUGUUUUUGAUCAGAGUGCCCUGUCACAUGAGGCAAAGGAAGAAAUGUAUAAGCUGUACCCCAACGCUAGAAGAGCUCACCUCAAAACAGGAGGAAACUUCCCAUAUCUGUGCAGAAGUGCAGAAGUCAACCUGUACAUACAAAUACACCUGCGUCAGUUUCAUGGGACACGGUACGCCGCUAUCAGUCCAGAGAUGGUCAGUGCAGAGGAGCUGGAAGUGCAGAGGACAAAUCUGAGCAACAACCGUAAGAGUGACAAUGAAUCGUAGAGAGACCAACAGGCUUCAUACAAGCAUCUUCUGAAUGUUGACUAGAUGAAUCGGGAUCUGAAUUUAACCCGUUUCAGCUACACAACAUUCAGAGAUCACGUUCCGGUAUUCUGUUUUUCUAUGACCUUAAACUCAGUCAAAUGUGAAUGGACUUUAAAGAGCCUAUUUUUACUUUACGGAAAAUAAACAAUAUUUUGUUAAGUAUUAUGACUGUAAAUAAGUGAAAUUUAUUACAUGGUAAGAGUUUUCAUAGAAUGCCAUAUUUUGACCUGGUUGCCUUACACAAUAUAAAAUGCACGUAUUUGUUAAAUUUAGCACUUUUUACUGCUUGAACUUAAUUUUCUGCCUUUUUUACGUUGGUGUUAUUUUUUUGUUAUGUACUUGGUUUGUUUGUAUGAAUGUUGUCAAUGUUAUUAUGUCUGUUGGAGUCAUGCACUGAUAUAAACCGAAACUCGUUUCAACACAAGAUUGUAUAAAUCUCUUACCUUUUCCAAGUGACCUAUCAGGAGUCUUUGAUUUGGAAACAAAUGUAAAAGUGUCAUUAUUUACUUAAAUAAACGCCGUGUAACCGCAAAAGACAGGUAUUGAUCAUUAUUAUAGAUUUACAACAAUUUAUUACACGUUCUGCGUAUG